AUGACCAGUUCCUACAUCACAAAGGAGCAGUCAGAACGAGAACCUGUAAUCCACAAGGACCGAGGGGCUCUCCGCGCACCGCACUGUGCAGUACUUCUAUGUAAUUUGCCACACUGGGAUACCUUUGGCCCCUACUACGAGCGCACAUUCGUAUUGUGUAUCAAAACUCUUAGCUUUCGUGAUAAUUACAAAAUCAACUGCCCCCAGCAGCCCUACAGGGGCAGCGCUCCCUGGGGCUCUCCCAUUUGCCCUACCAGGUACGGCGUCCCCAGAGGCCCUCCCAGUGGCUUCCGCGACCACAGGGGUCUCUUACGGGAGUCGGUGAACCCAGGGGCCCUCCAAGGGGUGUCAGCGACUGCAAGGACCAUACUAGAGGCGGUGGCGACACUAGGGGCCCUCCCAGUGUCGUCGGCGAACCCAGGGGCCUUCCCAAGAGCAUCGGCGACCCCAGGGGCCCUGCCAGAGGCGUCGGAGACCCCAGAGACCCUCCUAGGGACGUCGGAGACCCCAGAGACCCUCCUAGGGACGUCGGAGACCCCAGAAGCCUUCCCAGUGGUAAGGCCAAACCCAAAGGCCCUAGCAGGGGUCCUCCCAGGGGUGGCGGCACACCAAACGGACUUCCCAGUGGCAGCGGCGGACCAGGGGGCCAUCCCAGAGGCAGCGGAGCACUUAGGGACACCUGCCAGGGACGUCGGAAACCCCAGGGGACCUACCAGGGGCGUCGGAGACCCCAAGGGCACUCCCAAGGUCGUUGGAGACCCCAGGGGCCUUCCCAGUGGCAGAAUAGACUCAAAUGACCCUCUCAGGGGAGCGGCGGUGCCUCCAGGCGCCUUCCCAGGAGGGGCGGCAGCGCCCCAUGGGCCCUUCUCAGGGGCCCUCCCAAGGGACUGCCCAGCAGCGACGGCGCCCCUAUGGGCCCUCCCAGAGGCAGUAGUGCCUCCAGGUGCCUUGUCACGGGCGUCAGCGACCCCAGGGACCCUCCCAGAGGCAGCAGUGAACCCUGGGGCCCUCCCAGAGGCUGGAGUGACUCCCAGGGGCCCUCCUAGGGGUGUCGACGACCCCAGGGGCUCUCCCAGAGGCGGUGGCGAAUCCAGCGGUCAUCCCAGUAGCUGGAGGCGCCCCUAG